AUGACAGCCCCUCGCUCCUGUCAGGUCCCAGAGAAAGGCUUCGACGAUGCAGAGAUCUCAGUGGAGAAGUUUGUGCCAAAGAUUAGCGCUCUCCAGAACCAGGCGGAGUUGCUCCGAAGCGGGGAGCUGCGACAAGUGAUCGAAACCAUGAGGUCCCUCAGAAAGUCCGAACUUGGCGCUGUCUUCAGCGAGGUUGACACCUUGCUGGCUGCGCUGGUGGAUGCCAUCGAAGGUCUUCGAGAUUCGGCUCUCACCGUUCGAAAGACGGAGCUCAGGGAGCACUUCGAUGGAGCAGACGGCAAGAUGGAGCGCCAGAUCGAAUCCGACCCCCGUCAGCAACGCACGGAGGGUGUGGAGACAAUGAUGGAGGUGCACGUCGUCGGGCUGAGCCACCACAGCGCGCCGGUUGAG